GACAGAGGAUCCUGGCGGGCUACAGUCCAUGUGCCUCAAAAGAGUUGGACACAGCUGAGUGAGCACAGAUGUCAGCUGAGACCAAGACAAAGAAGAAAUGGGGACAGUCUUGUGGACCCAGAAUGCAAGAGCACAGAGCCUGUCCCCAGGAUGGGUGGUGGUCAUGCCCUUUUGGAGGGUGGAAAGCUGGCUGGGACCACCACGAAGCAGCCAGGGAGCAGAUCAGGAAGUGCCUGGUAAAUCUUGAAAUAAGACUUGAUUCAGCCAGUCAGUGGUUCUCACAUUACCUUUCGGUUUUGCAAAUAAAUGCACUUGGGAGGCUCCACAAGUGUUUUAUUCCAAUCUCCUCUUUAGGAAUAUUUUUUGCUAGUUUAAAGCUUGUAAAACCAAAGAAAUACCUACGCCCUCAAAUAUUUUGCAUUCCAAGUUUUAUCACCUUAACUGUGCUUCCAAAAGCCUGAUGAACAUGUUUUGGUGUAGACCACAGAGGAAAGCAUCUGUCACUGCUGUAAAUACAGUAGAACGUCAUACAAAUGUGUCAUUGUUUGGGAAGGUGGAGCCAACUGUCUGGAGUCCUGCCCAUACAAGGCAGGUAUAAUCAGAGCAGAGUUAGCCUGAAAAUCAGGAGAGGCUAAGGAGCACCAGCUCUGCACAGAAUCUUCAAACACUGAGAGUUCAUUAAAAGGCACGAGACAACUUGUGGUAGAGUUUCAACACACAGUAAGUGAUUUUCAGUGCUUUUUGUCUGAAUUUGGCAUUUGUGAUAAGGAGGCAAGAAUUUCUCAGAUAGUUGUUAAUCCCAUUCAACUCUGAAACAGAAGUCUUUUUAAAGUUUUUUUUGAUUGGACCAUUUUUAAAGUCUUUAUUGAAUUUGUUACCGUAUUAUGUGCUGGUGUUUUGACCAUGAGGCAUGUAGGAUCUUAGCUCCCCCAGCAGCACUUGAACUCACAUCACCUGCAUUGGAAGAGGAAGUCUUAACCACUGGACCACCAGGGAGGUCCUGAAACAGAAGUCUUAACUAUUCCCACACUUCUGGAUUUCCUGGAUCCUUUGAAUUGAAGAGCACUUAUUCUCAAAUCAGCCACUUGAAUUUUUUUUUUAAUGUGAUUUCAGUUCAUCCAUUCAACACAUAUUUGAGUGCCUCCUGUCCACCAGGUGCCAGUGGGCACCAUGCCAAGCACAAAGGAUACAAUAGAGUGUAAACGUUCAUGUUCUCGGUCCUCGUGGAGCUAGAUCCUGAUCAAAUAAACCUUUAAGCCAAAUUAAGAUGUCAACCAAACAAGAUGUCAGCCCUGGUAAUUUUUAGAUGGUGGAAGAUCUCUCUGAGGAGUGAGUAUCGAUCAACAAAACCUGGAGAAACAAAAGAAACUCAUGAAGACUUCCUAGAGAAGUCACAUCUUCAGGUUCAAAUUGCCUUAAUAUUUGGUUCAAGAAUAUUAGACUAUGUCUUCAAUUUAUGUGAAGGUAAAUUUGACUUCCUUGAACGGCUCUCAGACAGUUUGCUGCUGAAUGUCAUUUCUUAUCUGGAUCUUGAAGACAUUGCCAGGCUUUCUCAAACAUCACGCAGAUUUGCAAAGUUGUGCACGUCAGACGAACUGUGGGAGCAGAUCGUCCGGGGGUCCUGUGACCACAUCACCCCUGACAUGCAAGCCUUGGCCCAGGACAUGGGCUGGAGACAGAUGUACUUCACCAACAAGCUGCAGCUCCAGCGGCACCUCCGCAAGAGGAAGCAGUGGCAGGGAAGCCAGCGAAGCAGUCAGCCCUAGACGCACACAUUCCUGCUGCUGAGGAAUUGGAGGCACGGCUGUGUUUUCCUUCUGUGUCAGACCUCUUCCGCUGCCUUUCCUUAAGCGCUAAGGUUUAGCUGAUUCAAGGAGUCAGAGUAUUUGCACACACACACAGCACCAUACCUGCCUCUGCCAGGCCUUUUGCCUGAAUCACAGUCUCAGCUACAGGCCAGGGAGGGUCAGGUCGUGACCCUGGCACCACUGGGGGCGGGAGGGGGGUGCUACAGGACAGGAGGCACCCAUUAGAAAAGAGGCUUCCGCUGUAUGGAAAAAAUAAAUGAUUAUUGGUAGGUUUUGAUUCCUGAUGUAUUUUAUCUAGGUGUUGGAAAGGGGGAAGUGUGCUU